CUGAUGCCGUCAGGCCACCUCCUCACGGGAGGGUUUAGGAAACUGCGAGGCUGCCUCGCCACCUCUUUGAAAGGCAGUAAAGGAGACUGGGAAGCUGCUCUUGUGGUCAAUAAUGAAUCUGAUUUGAAGCAGACUGGGAAAAAUAAUCGCUCUUAAAUAGCUCAUAAGUAUGAUUUGUUGAAUUCUUUAGGUAGAACGCGAGAGUCCACACCACUCCAUUGGCCAGAAUUUAUACUUAAGAAAAUUCAGUGCUGAUUCUUAGUUACACAUUUGGUCUCCGGGGGGAGGGGUGCCCAUGCCACCUCCUUCCCCGUUUUCUGUUUCCGGGUUAAGUGUGUUCCUGACCCGUGGACGUGAGCGUUUCUUCAUGGGACGUACGGUCAUCUUUGGGAAACCUCAGCAGCCUAAGCGUAGACAGUGGACUGAGCGGCUGCAUCGCGGGGCCGAGUGGAAGAUGCCGCCUCAGGGCCCAUCGGCAGUGGUUUCUUUCCGGGGCUCUGUACUCUUUGUUUGCGGCCCACCAGAGCCUCGUGGGAGGAGAGGCGUUGAUGGGGGCGGACGAGGAUGGCACAUUCCUGAUGGGUGAGAGCGUCCGUGGGGCAGGGUCACACCUCACAGCGUGUGCUGGGGAGGAAGACUGUGUGGACAGCCGGACCGUGUACGUGGGCCACCGCGAGCCCCCACCGGGAGCUGAGGCCUACAUCCCGCACAGGUGCCCGGACAACAGAAUCGUCUCCUCCAAGUACACAUUCUGGAACUUCAUACCCAAGAACUUAUUUGAACAAUUCAGAAGAAUAGCCAACUUUUAUUUUCUUAUCAUAUUUCUGGUGCAGCUGAUUAUUGAUACGCCCACGAGUCCAGUGACGAGCGGCCUGCCGCUGUUCUUCGUCAUCACUGUCACAGCUAUCAAGCAGGGCUACGAGGACUGGCUGCGCCACAAAGCCGACAGCGCCGUGAACCAGUGCCCCGUGCACUUCGUCCAGCACGGCCGGCUGGUGCGGAAGCAGAGCCGGAAGCUCAGGGUCGGGGACAUCGUCAUGGUCAAGGAGGACGAGACCUUCCCCUGUGACCUGAUCUUCCUGUCCAGCAGCCGCGCGGAUGGGACCUGCCACGUGACCACCGCCAGCCUGGACGGAGAGUCCAGCCACAAGACCCAUUACGCAGUUCAAGACACAAAGGGGUUUCAUACGGAGGAAGAUAUAGAUUCUCUCCACGCCACCAUCGAGUGUGAGCGACCGCAGCCCGACCUCUACAAGUUCGUCGGCCGCAUAAAUGUUUACAGCGAUCUGAAUGACCCCGUGGUGAGGCCAUUAGGAUCGGAAAACUUGCUUCUUAGAGGAGCCACGCUAAAGAACACUGAGAAAAUCUUCGGUGUUGCUGUUUACACAGGCAUGGAAACCAAGAUGGCGCUGAAUUAUCAGUCAAAAUCCCAGAAGCGAUCUGCUGUCGAAAAAUCAAUGAAUGUAUUCCUCAUCGUGUACCUCUGCAUCCUCAUCAGCAAAGCGCUGAUUAAUACCGUCAUGAAGUACGUGUGGCAGAGCGAGCCGUUCCGAGAUGAGCCAUGGUACAACCAGAAGACAGAGGCAGAACGACAGAGGAACCUGCUCCUCAGAGCCUUCACGGACUUCCUCGCCUUCAUGGUCCUCUUCAACUACAUCAUCCCCGUGUCCAUGUACGUCACCGUGGAGAUGCAGAAGUUCCUCGGCUCCUACUUCAUCACCUGGGACGAAGAAAUGUUUGACGAGGAAACGGGUGAAGGGCCUCUGGUUAACACCUCGGAUUUAAACGAAGAGCUAGGACAGGUGGAGUACGUGUUCACGGACAAGACGGGCACCCUCACCGAGAACAACAUGGAGUUCAAGGAGUGCUGUGUGGAGGGCCACGUGUACGUGCCGCACGCCGUCUGCAACGGACAGGUGCUCCCCGCCGCCGCUGCCGUCGACAUGAUCGACGCCUCCCCGGGCGCCGGCGGGCGGGAGAGGGAAGAGCUGUUUUUCCGGGCCGUCUGUCUGUGCCACACCAUCCAGGUGAAGGACGACGACGAGGUGGACGGGCCCAGGAAGUCGCCGGAUUCAGGGAAGCGCUGCGCGUACAUCUCGUCCUCGCCUGACGAGGUGGCUCUGGUCGAAGGCAUCCAGAGGUUGGGCUUCACGUACCUGAGGCUGAAGGAGAAUUACAUGGAGCUCCGGAACAGGGACAAUGACAUCGAGAGGUUCGAACUGCUGGAGAUUUUGAGCUUUGACUCAGUAAGAAGGAGAAUGAGUGUGAUUGUCAAAUCUGCUACAGGAGAAAUUUAUCUGUUUUGCAAAGGAGCAGAUUCCUCAAUAUUUCCCCGAGUGAUAGAAGGCAAGGUGGACCAGAUCCGAUCCAGAGUGGAGCGCAACGCAGUGGAGGGGCUUCGGACCUUGUGCGUUGCCUACAAAAGGCUCAUGCAGGAAGAAUACGAAGGCAUCUAUAAGCUGCUGCAGGCCGCCAGAGUGGCGCUCCACGAUCGGGAAAGGAAGUUAGCAGAAGCCUAUGAGCAGAUAGAGAAAGACCUUAUCCUGCUCGGUGCUACGGCCGUGGAGGAUCGGCUGCAGGAGAAGGCGGCCGACACCAUCGAGGCCCUGCAGAAGGCGGGCAUCAAGGUGUGGGUGCUCACGGGUGACAAGAUGGAGACGGCAGCCGCCGCCUGCUACGCCUGCAGGCUCUUCCGCAGGAACACGCAGCUGCUCGAGGUGACCACCAAGAGGCUGGAGGAGCAGAGCCUGCACGACGUGCUCUGCGAGCUGAGCAAGACCGUCCUGCACUGCAGCGCCAGCCUGACCCGGGACAGCUUCUCAGGACUCUCCGCCGAUAUGCAGGACUACGGUUUAAUUAUUGAUGGUGCCGCGCUGUCCUUGAUAAUGAAGCCGUGUGAGGACGGGAGCGCCAGCCACUACCGAGAGCUCUUCCUGGACAUCUGCCGGAACUGCAGCGCUGUGCUCUGCUGCCGGAUGGCGCCCCUGCAGAAGGCCCAGAUUGUUAAAUUAAUCAAAUUUUCAAAAGAGCACCCUAUCACUUUAGCGAUUGGUGACGGCGCAAAUGACGUCAGCAUGAUCCUAGAGGCCCACGUGGGCAUAGGCAUCAUUGGGAAAGAAGGUCGCCAGGCUGCAAGGAACAGCGACUAUGCGAUACCGAAAUUUAAGCAUUUGAAGAAGAUGCUACUUGUUCAUGGGCACUUUUACUAUAUUCGAAUAUCUGAGCUUGUGCAGUACUUCUUUUAUAAGAAUGUCUGCUUCAUUUUCCCUCAGUUUUUAUACCAGUUCUUCUGUGGGUUUUCACAACAGACCCUGUACGACACUGCCUACCUGACUCUCUACAACAUCAGCUUCACCUCCCUCCCCAUCCUGCUGCACAGCCUGACGGAGCAGCACGUCGCCAUGGACACGCUCAAGAGGGACCCUGCCCUCUACAGAGACAUCGCCAAGAACGCUCUCCUCCGCUGGCGCGUGUUCAUUUACUGGACGUUCUUAGGCGUGUUCGAUGCUCUGGUGUUUUUCUUCGGUGCUUACUUCAUGUUUGAAAACACAACCGUGACCAGCAACGGACAGGUAUUUGGGAACUGGACCUUCGGGACGCUGGUUUUCACGGUGAUGGUGUUUACGGUCACCCUGAAGCUGGCGCUGGACACACACUACUGGACUUGGAUAAACCACUUUGUGAUCUGGGGAUCACUGCUGUUCUACGUCGUCUUUUCCCUCCUCUGGGGAGGAAUUAUCUGGCCGUUCCUCAGUUAUCAAAGGAUGUACUAUGUGUUCAUACACAUGCUGUCCAGCGGCCCCGCCUGGCUGGCCAUCGUCCUGCUCGUCGCCGUCAGCCUCCUUCCCGACGUCCUCAAGAAAGUGCUGUGCAGGCAGCUGUGGCCCAGCGCCACCGAGAGAGUCCAGAGGAGCUCGAGCCGCCGAGCCCCGGCCGACGCCGCGCCGAGCCCUGACCGGCCUCUCCUGAUGGACCCCGAGCCGCGGCCGCGGCGCGAGUAGCUGGUGGAUAGGUAACGGCCGCCCGCGGGCAGCCCGGUGUGCUGUGCUCUUGCUGUGCGCGGUUUUCCUCCAAAGUUUUGCGUGCUGUGCUGUGUCUGUUAGGUUCGUGGUCACAAAGAAAGGCCUUUACACACGUGGGUUCCAUCCCAGGUAAGUGGCCUGCCCAAGAGGCCGGCCGCGUGGGCCGCGUGCCGUGCACACACACGCACACGCCUGCACACCCGUGCAGCGCACACGCCGGGUGGACAUCGCCCCACACGUGUCCGGUGUUCGGCGUCCAGAGCACAGUUCAUUCAUUCUCAUCUGUGGUGGUGGGAAUGGCUUCACCUGAAAGGUCCAUCAGGAAAGACCACCUUUCGAAGUAAAAAAGGGGGUCUGGAGUGAGCGGCCCGAGCCUUGGCCGGGGCAGGUGUCCAGCAGCGCCUUCAGUGUCCAGAGCAGGCGUCUCCCGCCCGGCUGCCCCUCCCCUCCCUGCCCGUUCGAUCCGAACACACGCGUGGGCCGGGGAGGGGAGGUGCCUCUGGGGGCGCUGGGUAGGGCGAGGUCAGCAUCCCCAUUAGAGGAACCGCAGCCAGUCCGGGCCCAGGGAGGGGCUUCGUGUUUUCACGCGUGUCUUCUGCGGGACGGUGGGCCCGAGAAGGGGACACGAUCGCAGCCGGGAUGGUCCACGUGCCUCCUCCGUGUCUGGUCCAGCUGUGUUCAGGGGAGCCCAGACCGGGGCAGCGAGGGCGGUGGCCACGUCGGGGCGUCGGGUCAGACGACGGGUGCUCGAUGGGAUUCUCGCGGGGGUCCCGGCACUGACUCUGUCCUUUCUGUUCCCGACAGACCGCGUGCUUGGUGUCACGACCACCUCUCGGGAGUCACCCCCUUGCCUCUCUGUAGACCCCAGCCCUGGGCAGCGCCCUGGGAGGGCGGGGGCGCCAGGCCCCCUCCAGCUCAGCCUCUCCCACUCCCCGCGUCCCCACCCGGCUACAGACCGCGCUCCUGUGGCCCGAGGGGAGACCGGAUGCACGGAUCACGGGUCCAGCCUCUAAGAGCCGCACGGUGAAGGGGGCAGGACAGGCGUCUCCGGGCGGCGACCAGGCAGGACGCACGCGAGCCCUCGGUGCACCCUGUGGGAGCAGGAUCUGGGGGGAUCGCGGCCCCCCCCCGGGUGAGGCCGCACCUCGACCUCCUGGGAAGCGCAGCUGAGCCUUGCAGGCGGGGUCGGGUCUGGCCCCUCCUCCCGGGCCCCAAAACCUCUGCUUUCGCAACCAGCCCAGGGACACCCCAGGACCGGCACCCCUCCCUCCCUCCCGUCCGUCCGCUGCAGGCACCGGGACCUGCGGUAGUGAGGCUGACCGCGGACGCGUCUGGUCCCACGUCCCUUCCUCCGCCGUGCUGGGGCCUGUGUGCUUCGGCACCGCCUCCUGCCUCCCCCCAGCUGCCUGCGAAGAGGGGAACCUAUCCAGUAAAGCUUCCGGCACAGGUUCCGGGCAGUUCAUCUUCCCGCUCCCGAGGAUGCGGCUCACCGGGGCGCCCUUGCUGCGAAAUGCCCGUUUCGGGGGUUGAGGGGAAGGGUGGGGGCUGGGUGCCGGAGGCCGGCCUCUGAUGUGGUGCUUAGGCCCCCAUUAAGAGUGGUCGGUCUCCCGGCGGUGUUGUCUCCCAGAUCUGUGUCAGGCCCACAGGUCUGACAGGGUGGCCUGGGCGACCUGAAAAGCAAUAUCGCAGCCCUCGCCGCCACCGCGCUGACUCUGACCUAACCCUGCUCUGCCGGGGGUCCUAUCCGUGUCUCCUUGUGGGGGUGAACCGUCAGAAGGCAGCUGUGCUGUAAACUCCCUGUGACUUUCCUGUACCAGUAUCUUAUUUCUGGAAAUAACCCGUUCGACAUAGCCUUAAUAGUCCGUAAAGAAGACAUUUCAGUUUGAGAUUCAGAGGGUAAAACCAAUGGCUUUUUAGGAAAGGGUCACCCAAAAGCUAAACGUUGCCCCCGCUGGAUGCAUGGGUGGGAUUUAGGGAUGUCGGUUGGGGAGUGAACACCGAGUCUACUUCCAAGAUGCUCGACGUUAGGGGUUUCGGGAAGUUCAGAUUUCAGUUUGAUUGUGUAAUGUUCACCUAUAAACUAUUUGUUUAAACGAGGGGAUGAGUUAACAGCAAGAACAAGCGUACACAGGUAGUUGGGGUGAAGCAGGUGAAGUAUAAACAUACCAAAGACUAGGAUGAUGGACGUGGGGCCUCCAGUGAGACGGGGAUGGGAGGGCGUGUCUGUCUGAGGGUCCUCCAGCCUCCGCCCCGCCCCCUGUCACUCACACUCCACGUCCAGUGUGUGGUCCACACUAGACCCUGCAAACAAUGGUGUGUGCAUUUUUACAGUCGUUUUUAAGAACCUAAAAUGGGUAUAAAUGUAAUACACGUGGGGGACAGAUUCUCUGUACGUUUAGUUAACAAAUUGUUUGUAAUGUAUUUUUUUAGAAAUCUUAAAAUUCCCUUUGCACUGAAGUAUUUUCAUAGCUGUUUUGUUUGUUAAUGUAUCAUAUCUAAUUUUUAAAGUAUGUUUUUAAAGCUUUUAUUUUUUACGUUGAUGGCAUUUUGGCCACUUUAUAUUUGAAUUCUGAUGAACAUUUUGGCUGAAUGUCUCAAUAUCUGACGAAUGUGAAUUUUCAGAUUUGGUUUUCUUCUCUACACCUGUUUAUUUUUGGUGUUUCUGGCGGUAGUGAGUAGCUAAAAGGCACAUUUAGAGUAUGAUAAUUUGCUAUGCUCUUUCUUCACAGUUCAUUGCCAUUUCAUCUGCUUUUUAUUUGGUUUUUAAUUUCUAUCCUUCAGCCUUAAAAUAGCUUCUUGACGGUUCUGUGUCCUCUUUUUGCCUGUAUUGAGAUGCUUACCAUUUACCUCGGAUAAGUCAAGUCUCCUUAUGAAAGUUACUGACCUUUCCAUGCUCCAAAAAGUCUUCUUAAAAUUGUUUGGGAAAUUAUUAAGUGACUGUGCCUGAUAAUUUGAAAUAGGCGAGGGGCAUGAGAUCAAAAGAGAAGUCAAAGGAGGGACAGAAGAGCCCACCGAAGUGACAUUUCGGACGAGACAAUGAGAUUCCCACCUGACAGUGGGCAGCACUUACUUGCCUUACGCUAACCUUAAAGCAAGUAACUUAGUUUUGAAAAUCUUACAGCUGCACGUUCAUCACUUAUUAACAUUUCCCCCGCUGGUCCAGAUGUCUGGUUCCUGACCCACACGCCAUCCCCCAAAGCAAGCUGUCUGUAGGCCGUGUUGCUCCGGCCACCUCCGUGGUCCUGCUUUCAGCUCCCGGCCACCCGAGGCCGCACACAUCCCACGUCCUACGGGGACCCUGCGGGGGCCUCUGAGCCCCACCCUCAGGACAGGUGGCUGCCAGCAGCCCUCGGACCCUCCCAGCUGCAGCGUCCCUGUGUCCGGAGCUGGGAGUAAAGACCCUCUCUUGGCAACUCCUGUUAGAACCCAAAUCAGCCCAUUCCUGUGCCCUUGAUUCCAUGGGGUGAACGCAGACCAAAUGACCCGCGCCCCCCUCCCCCGGGGGGGGCCGUGGCCCCGUGAGACCCACUGGUGGCAGUGCCGGGCCACGGGAGGAGCCCAGGAGCGCCACCUUCUGCAGUAGCAGGUUUAUAGAAGCAUAGUUCGGCCUGGUGAGACUUUGCAGCUUUAACUAGAGAACUGCCUCGCACAUGCUGUGUAACUAUUCCUAAGUUCAUGGGCGUCAACCAGAAGUUCAGGGCAAAACCUAAGGGAAGUUUCCGGCCUCUUUCUUUAAAACCACUGAGUUCAUCUGUUUUGCACUGUUAAUGACGUAAUACAACCACUUCUGCUUUAUCUUAAAAUUAAUGGUAUUUAUUUGACGACUCAGUGUAACAGCUUGCUAUGCACUUUCUUUUGGAAGUUUCCCAUUUGUAACUUUAAAAACAGGAAAAAUGUCAGCAGGCAAACGCAUUCUUUUUUCUUUUUUUUUUUCAGUUAGAGGGCAGGUGAAUGGGGCUGGGAGUCAUUCUGAUUCGUCUAUAAACAAAGCUUUAAUGAAGCUGUGUCAGAGUAUUAUUAAAGUGUGAUUCUACUUUUGCAGAAAAAAAUCUAAAGAUCAGUUUAUAUAGCUUUAUUUUUUACCUUAUCGAAAUAUACAGAAUUUUAAUAUGCGUAUAUUGUCUCUGACUUAAAGUUAUAAUGUGCGUCUGCAUUGCUGUUUAAAAUGUCCGUUCGUUAUGUAAUGUAAUAAAAGAGAAUCUUCAAAAAUGUAUUUAACACGAAUGUUAUCUCUAGGUGUUGUCAUCGUAAAUACUGGAAUUUAUUUUUAAAUUAUUGAAUAUAGUAGGUGCGUUUAAGAUAAUAAAUCAGCCUCCAAACAGUAAUGUUUAAUUGAUAAUUAUUUAUUAACCUGCUUUGAAAAAUUAAAUUGUGAAUUAAACCGAAUCUUAAAUUUCUGUAGAAUUUAUUUUGUAUGCUACUGUUUUUAACUUUUAUUUCUGUAGGUAAAGUGUAUCUUCAUAAUACGAAUUAUGAUUGGACUUUUCUGCAGAUUAUCUAAGCCGGAGACCUGAAUCUGCUUGCAAUAAAGAAGAAGAAAGGU